CCUGCACUCCUUUGCUCGAAACCCUAAUUGCCGAUUCCAUGGUUUUCAUGACUUCCUGAUCGUCCCUUUCUGUCGGUGGAAAAUCUUGUAGAAGUUGUGACGAAGAUGCUGCAGAAAAACGUCACGGUGAGCUUUGAUUGGCGAAAAACCGUGUCGUAGAGGAGCCAACAAGUAAACACCAAAAAUAAAAAAAAUAAAUGUCGCGAAAGAUGGUGGGGAAGGCCGAGCACUCGUGGCGAUGGCACCGUAAGGGCGAUGAAGACGACGAUGUCGCCUCGGUUCCGAACCCGGUAUUGUUGGUGCCGGGGAUCGGAGGGUCCAUUCUUACUGCAGUGGACCACAAGGGCCACAAGGAGCGUGUCUGGGUUCGCUUGUUCGAGGCCGAUCAUGAAUUUCGCUUUAAACUCUUCUCCUCUUACGAUCCUGUCACAGGAAAGACUCAUUCCCUGAAUAAGGACAUAACAAUAGAAGUUCCAGAGGAACGUUUUGGAUUGUAUAGCUGUGACAUUCUCGAUCCUGAUGUGAUCAUGCGUCUGGAUACUGUUUACUACUUCCACGAUUUGAUCGAACAACUUACAAAUUGGGGUUACAAAGAGGGUAAAACGUUAUUUGGAUUUGGAUACGAUUUCCGCCAAAGCAAUAGGCUUGGAGAGGCUAUGGAUCGGAUGAAGCUGAAGCUGGAGAGUAUGUGUGAGGCAUCUCGUGGGAGGAAAGUUGACAUAAUUACACAUUCCAUGGGUGGUCUCCUUGUGAAAUGUUUUCUGGCUCUCCAUCCUCAGGUGUUUCAGAAGUAUGCUAACUCAUGGAUUGCUAUUACCGCACCCUUCGAAGGUGCUCCCGGUUUUAUCAUGGACUGUCUGCUGACUGGUGUGGAUUUUGUGAAGGGUUGGCAACGAGAGCUUUUUGUUGCAAAGUGGAGUAUGCAUCAGCUUUUGAUAGAGUGCCCGUCGGUGUAUGAGCUGCUAGCUUCUCCCGACUUCGAUUGGAGUGAACCUCCUGAACUGCGGUUGUGGCGGAAAAUAGCUGAUCAGGAUGGCGAGGAGAAAGUUAAAUUGGAAGCGUUUGGGCCCAGUGAUAACCUAGAUGUCAUGAUGGCUGCACUGGAAGAGAACAAGUUGAACUUCAAUGGAACCAAGAUACCUCUGCCCUUAAAUAAGGUUAUUGUCAAGUGGGCCCAAGAGACUCAGAGGAUAAUGCACAAAGCGAAGCUGCCUGAGGGCGUAAAGUUUUACAAUCUCUACGGCACAUCACAUGACACCCCCCAUCAUGUCUCCUACGGUACCGACAAAUCGCCUCUGCAAGAAUUAACUGAAAUUUUGAAUUCAGAGGCUGAAUUCGCAUACGUUGAUGGGGACGGUACUGUUCCAGUGGAAUCUGCAAUGGCUGAUGGUUUAAAUGCCAAGGCAAGAGUGGGAAUACCUGCUGACCAUCGGGGCAUCCUUCUGGAUGAACACUUCUUCCAUAUUAUCAAACACUGGUUGGAGGUAGGUGGUGCAGAUUCAGAAUAUGAUCCAGAAACAGAUUAUGUCAUAGUAUCCAGAAGACCUUCCGAGUUUGAUAUCCACAAAGAGGAAAGUGCUCCAGUGGAUGAUAUCGAGAGGACUGAGGACGGUUCGAAACUGCCUUCAAAAGAAGUUUAUACUGCCAGUAUUGAAAUUGGUUCAGGUUCAGUUAGUGACAUUCAAGCAGAAGCCGAUGCUCGAGUCCAUCGUGAGGGAGCCCAAACAAAUGAAUCGGAGUUCCAACUUUCAACCAUCGGUGUUUUCCCAGGAUUGGACAAAAAAGAAAUGAAGGCUACUCCUGAUCAAAUUGUGGUUGCGUUAUCUGAGGAAGCUAAAGCCGCGGCCUUAUAAAAUGAUUGGAUUGUCUCUGAUAAGACGUGAUAAGACGUAUUCCUGAAGGUACCAGUGCAAGUACUGGAAAUUGGGUCAAGGCUAUCGCAUGAGUAAAGUAGAGCCCUUGCAAGUGGAUGCAGCGUCUACUGAAUGGAGUACCUUCUCUAAAAUCCUAAACUAUGUCCUGCUCUUGAAGCUGUGCCAGUGACUACAAGUAAUGAUAUACAUCCCAAUUUUGGAACCUCAUUCAGCAAAGAUCCAGAUCACAGAACAAAGCAUGAACAAAUUGCCUCAUGGACAUUCUGAACGUAACAUUCCCCCCACAGUAGAGGAUUGUAAAGACAUUGCAAAGCUAUGGCAAUAUUGAAGAUAUGGGAAUUAUGGCGGUUGUGGGAUGAUUCUUGCAUCCAACUGAACCCAAUAGGAAUUAACUCUGAUUAUGCAGCAAUGAUCUGCUUUGGUGUAGUUUUAUGACCCAAAGAGGCUUUUUAGUAAUUAAAAUAUUUCUUUGAGGGUUGUGAUUUCUUAAAUAGCUUUUAGAUAUGGCUAGCCUAUGGAGAUAAUGUAAUAAAUGGUGUGAUGUCCAAUUUAUUUGGCAAUGAUGCCAAGCUUUUGCACCACAAUAUAUCAAUGAUAGUCAAAGAUGAGAAGCCCAAUUCAUUUGGCAAUGA